CAGAGCAGCGUUUGUGAGCUUGCCAUCUAAUUAGAGAAUCGCCUGCUGUGGUUUGAGAUAGUCUGAUUGGCUCCUAGUCCAAGUGCUUUUGUUUUUCGUGUUAUGAAAUUGGAGGAAGGAGUAUAGGUCUGUCUGGAGCUGUAUGGUCGGCUAUAUGAGGCUUUAUCCCUUACUUCAUUCAUUCAUUUUUAUCAGCCAGCUGUUUGUGAGUGUGAAGUGAUUGCUCAUGUCUGGAAAAGGACGAGGGCGAGGCAGGGCCUCCUUUACCUUUAAUGUUGAAGCUAUAGGAUUUAAAAAAGGUGAACAAUUACCUGAGGCAAUAUGUCAGCCUGGUUCCCUAUUUCCUUCUGUAGACUUCAAACCUGUGCCUUUGAAAACUGGAGAAGAUGUGGAAUACAUGCUUGCCCUAAAGCAGGAACUCAGAGGAACUAUGAAACAACUGCCUUAUUUCAUGGAAGUACAAAGAGAGAGACCAGCUGUACAGCGGUAUACAGAUAAAUAUAAAGAAGAGUAUGAGAAGCAUUUUGUGUGGACACCAGACUGGAGACGACUUCCAAGAGAGUUGAAACCAAGCAUCAAGAGAAAGAAUACUACAGCAGGACCCAGAAAGGUUAAAAGCAAGCAAGCACCUCGUGCAGGACAUGAAGAUGUAAUGAAGAAGUUAGAUGCUAUCGAAAAAAAGGAUGAUGUGACAUCUGACGAGGAGACAGAAGAGAAAGAAAAGUCUAAAGAUGGUGAAGAAGAUGAAGAAGGAGAACAAAAUGAUGAAGAGGAGUAUGAAGAGGAAAAUGACUACAUUGCCUCAUACUUUGAAGAUGGAGAUGAUUAUGGAGCAGGAAGUGAUGACAACAUGGAUGAAGCUACAUAUUAAAUACACCUCACCUCAAAGUACUGCUUCCAGUCAUUUAGCCAUUUACCUAAGUACUGUAGCAUUUUAUUUUAUUCCUCAGGUACUUGGAACUGCUUAUGAACAACCCUCUGGGCAGCCAGCACUUCUCAGUAAAAUCAACUUUAAGACUUUGGCAGUAAAGGGCUGAGUGCCUCCUCUCUGUUUCAGAGCAUGUGUUGAAAAAAGUGAUUUAUUUUUACAUGCUGUCAUCUGACAUUCAUAUAGUGAUGUUUACUUGACAUAAAACCUAUGCACUUUAUCUCUAUAUGCACUAUUAGUGGAACAUUAAUUUAGGUGAAGAUGAAAUGAGUUUAGAACUGCAAGUGUAAAACUAUGAACUUGUAAAUAAGGAUGUAAAGUAGUAGUGUAUUAUAUUUGCUAUAGAGUUUCUUGGAUGAAGUGGUGGAAAUAUUUGCUAGCACUACUGUAUACGCAGCCAAAAAAAAAACACUUCUGUUUUCUCUCUCAAAACCGAAGUGGCUUAUUUGCCUUAAAACAAUUAUAGGAGCUAGAAGCCAUGCUGUUGCUUUUAUUUUAAGCCAUAUGCAUUUUGAAAUUCCAUGGCAUGUUGUGAUCUCCAACAGUAUGUUUUCAACAGUGUUCCUCAAAUGGUAGUCCAUGCUGUAAGGAAAGCAUUCAGCAUUACAUGUAUGCAUGUUCCAACAGAAUCCUGCCAGCUUAUUUACAUGGACUGUAGACUAGCUGCUCUGUUCUUUGCAUGUCCUACUAUAUUUUCAGUUUUAUCAUUUUGCCUCAAUUUUUUUCUCUUGCAGCAUUGAGGGGAUCUUUGCUGCUGUGCCCUAGCAAGCAGCAUUGGUUGCCUUUACCUCAACCUUACAAAAUCUGCCUCUGACAGAUGAUACUACUCUACUAGUCUCUCCUUGAAGAUAAUAUCCUUCUAAACAGACAUGGCAGCACUGUGACUGGGUUGACAGCCCCUUAGAGCUUCCAUUUCUAAUUGCUAUUUAAAUUCU